CCACCCUAUAGCAGAUAUACUGCUACAGGGUGGCACCUGUGCGCAGAAUCACGUAUAUAUGUCAUUCUGCUUUUCUGGGUAGGGGGCCUGUGCUGCCAUUCGCGGCCACAGAUGUCAAUCACUGGGUCUCGGCCGGUAAUUACCCUCUGGCGCCCGGUGAUUACUGAGCAUCUCCGACGGGGAGGAAGAUUGUUUUGUUUACAAACAAUCUUCCUCCCUGUCAGCUCGAGCACACUGCUUGGGAUGGCUGUGCACAGUACAGCCAUCCCGAUCAGUGUGCUUACAGUGAAGAACACCCCCCACCCCCUAGUAAAACACUCCCAGCACACAGUUAACCCUUUGAUCUCCCCUCACAUUAACCCCUUCCUGCCC